AUGACUACCGAAUCCAAGGGUCGUCUUGCCGGCAAGAAUGCUGUCAUCACUGGAGCAGCCGGCGGCAUUGGUCUUGAAACAAGUAUUCUUUUCGCGAAAGAAGGAGCUAAUGUCUUGAUGGCCGACAUCUCCGCCCCAGCUUUAGAGAAAGCUAAGGCGAAACUGCUUCAGCUCGUGCCUGCAGCUACUCGAGUCGAGACAAUUACCUGCGAUGUAUCCAAGGAGGCGCAAGUCCAAGCCAUGGUAGAGUCGCUAGACUCGUGGGGUGGUCUGGACGUCAUCUUCAACAACGCCGGCAUAAUGCACGCGCGCGACGACGACGCGGUCGCCACGCCCGAGGAGAUCUGGGACCUGACCAUGUCGAUCAACGUCAAGGGCGUCUGGUACGGGUGCAAGCACGCGGUGCAGUCGCUGCGCCGCAACAAGAAGACGAAGGGCAGCAUCAUCAACACGGCCUCGGUCGUGGCGCUCGUCGGCUCCGCGACCCCGCAACUCGCCUACACGGCCUCCAAGGGCGCCGUGCUCGCCAUGACCCGCGAGCUCGCCAUCGUGCACGCCCGCGACGGCUACCGCUUCAACAGCCUGUGUCCCGCGCCGCUGAACACGCCUCUUCUGCAGGACUGGCUCGGCGACGACGUGCCCAAGCGCAUGCGGCGAGAGAUCCAUUUCCCCACCGGCCGUUUCGGCGAGGCCAUCGAGCAGGCCCAGGCUGUGCUGUUCCUGGCCAGCGACGAGGCGAGCUUCGUGAAUGGCCACGAUAUGGUGGUGGAUGGUGGCAUGAGCAAGGCCUACGUUACACCCGAGGGUCAGCCGCUAGCCGCUCCAACCAACAACGCUUUAAAGACCGAGCUCUAA